AUGAUUCAGCUGCUGCAGCAGAAGGGGAACAGAACGUUGCCAAUCAGGAGAAAGAGAUUGAGAAGGCUAGGGAUCCGCGAGCUUGGUGGAGCACAGGGCACCUCUCCUGACGGUCUUGCCCGUGGUGAAGGCGCCCAUCUGAAGAGGGGCCCUGCCGUGGCUGACGGGGCUUCUGCUGGGGAACCGAACACCUGGGAGCUGUCAGAAGGGGUGUCCGGCCGUCCACCCGAGGAACAGGCUGCCGGUCUUCUCAGCGAGGACUGGGACCCGGGACUGAAGGCAGGCCACGGGAACCCAGAGGAUGCUGAAGACAUCCGGAGCUGCCUUCCUGCAGAGGCCAGACCUUGGACGUGA